CUUCACACUUCCUUUUCUCUAUCUACCCAUUAGUAAAUUAAAAUUCUCCAAAUACCCACCUUUUUAAUAACCACUAAACCUACAUCUACCCUUAAUAAAUUCAUCUUCCUUUUCUCAUCUUUUUGAGCCUAUCGACAUACACCAAAACAGAGCACAGACCUGCAGACCUGCAGAACUAAAUCAUGUACAGAAAAAGUUCAUAAUAAAACUUUUGUCAUCUUUUCAACCAUAGAAAUCACCAGUUUUCAAAGAAAACAAAGAAAAUCCACCAUUAACAAUGGUUACUGGAUGGCGAAAAGUUUUCUGCACUUCCAUUCCUAAUGACCCAGAACCAAAUAACACCCCAAAUCACUCCUCAAAUCGUAGUCCUAAACUGGGUUUUUCGAAAUUUACAUUCUUCUCCUCUUCUUCUUCAUCUUCUCCUUCAAAUUCUAGACCUCAAACUCCUAAAACCCCUACUCUUCAAUGCAAAACCGCCAUUGAUGAAACUCCAUUGAAGCUUAAAUCCAAAACCCCUCCACCUUCUCCUAAAUCCCAAUCACCUUCCUCUUUUUCCCUCCUUAAAAACUCUCUGCGUUUCUCGAAGCUUAAUCGUUGUGGUGUUUGUCUUCGUAAUGUCAAAACUGGUCAAGGAACCGCCAUUUUUACUGCUGAAUGUUCUCAUACUUUUCACUUUCCUUGUAUUUCCGACCUUGCUGCUAACUCUAAUGGUGUUAUUUUAUCUUGCCCAUUAUGUGGAUCACAAUGGAAAGAAACUCCUUAUCUUGCUGCUACCCAGAAAAGUAAACCCGUAAAAAAUUCAUCCCUAAUUGAUCUUAAACUCUACGAUGACGACGAAACACUUGUAACCCAUGUAUCGUCGAUUCAAUUCAACUCAAUCCCCGAAUCCGAAGAAGAAAAUGAGCCCGAUGAAGAUGAAUUUCCUGGGUUUUUUCCAAUCUCUCCUCAACCUAAAAUUCCCGUCAAUUUCAACAAUGGAGUACAAGUAAAAAUCGCACCAGAGUCAGCAGUUAUCGCUGUUGGUCGAAAUUACGAGACAUACGCAAUGCUUCUCACCAUAACAGCCCCACCUUUUACGGCAACAAAUUGUCGUCCUUCGGUGGAUAUUGUGGUGGUUCUAGACAUCCGAUUUGAAAUGAAUACAAAAAAGUUCAACUCCCUAAAAAGAUCGAUGAAAGGAAUAAUUUCUUCACUUUCUUCCAAUGACCGUCUUUCCAUGGUGGCAUUUUCAUCAACCCCUAAGAGAUUGCUGCCGUUAAAGAGAAUGACACCUUCUGGAAGAAGAACAGCUAGAAGAAUUAUCGACGCCAUUAAUGUUGUUUCAUCUGAAGGUAAAUACUCUCGAAACGACGCGUUUAAGAAAGCUAUUAAAGUAAUACAAGACCGUAAAGAGAAGAACCCUUCUGCGUCGAUCAUUUUCAUGGACGGUCAAAAUGAGGAGAGAGAAAAUAGAGAUGGAUUAAUUGUUUCAUCAACCCGGUUUUCCGAAAUUCCGGUUCAUAUGUUUAAAAUCAAUGAGAAUUUUCCCGAAGAAGAGUUUGUUAAAAGUGUCAAUAAUUUUAUACGCGUUGGUUUAAUGGAUGUUAGGGUUCAGUUCGGUUUAGAAACCGGUUCAAUAGCGGGGGAGAUAAUGGCGGUUUAUUCUUGUACGGGUAGACCGGGUUUACUUGGGUCCGGUUUAGUAAAACUUGGAGAUUUAUACAGUUCUGAGACGAGGGAAUUAUUAGUUGAGAUUAAAGUUCGGGCAAAUUCAAUUGGGUCCCACCAUGUAUUAUCCGUCAGAUCUUAUCACAAAGAUCCGUCAUCUUGUAAGCAGGUAAUGAACGGUGGAGAUCAAUCUUUGAUCGUUCCGCCUCCUCAGACCGUCCGAUCUUCAGACCCUAAAAUCCAACGGUUGAGAAGUCUUUUUGUUAUGACAAGAGCUGUGGCUGAAAGUAUGAGAUUAUUAACUGAAAAAAAUGACUUUGCUGGAGCUGAACGGCUUCUUGGCUCGGCUCGAGCCGUAUUGAGUCAGCCGAGCUUGAAAGUAGUGGAAGUGUAUAGGAGGCAAGUCGAAGCAGAAUUAAUCGAAGUUAGGUGGAGACGUCAAGCUCGACAUGAAGAGAGGAUGAAAAGAGGAGGGAGUGGGUGUUGCGUGGUGGAUGAAAACGGCGAGCCGUUAACUCCAACCUCGGCAUGGAAAGCGGCUGAGCGGCUGGCUAAAGUGGCUAUGAUGAGGAAAAAUUUAAACAGGGUUAGCGAUUUGCACGGCUUUGAAGAUGCUCGCUUUUGAUUUUUAUUUAAUUUGGAGUACAAUUUAGAAUAUAGUUUUUACUAUUACUAUUAA